AAGUUUUAGUUUCUGGUUGUUACCGCUGGUGAACUUACUGGAAGUCACGUGAUGCUGCGGAAUUCGGGCGUCUGGACGAUCCGGACCGACUCUGACCAGGAUACGGUCUGAACCCGCAUGGGCUGGAACACCUCCGUAACCAUGGAGAACUCAUCAGGUCCUGAUCCGUCAAAGCCCGGCGCCGGCGCCGCCCUGCAGGUUCACCUGUACCGCUGCAGCCAGGGCUCGAACACGACGCUCACCUGUCCGCCCGGAGAUUACGUGGCUGAGGAGGUGUGCAUCAAAGCUGCCAAGGAAUGUGGUAUCAGCCCGGUUUACCUGAGUCUGUUCGGUCUGAUGAGGGAGGCGGAUCGGAUGUGGUUUCCGCCCAAUCACGUCUUCAAGGUGGACGAGUCCUCCAAUGAGAAGCUUCUCUUCAGGAUCAGGUUUUACUUUACAGGCUGGUACGGGCAGGGCUCGAGUCACGCCCAUCGCUACGGCGUCACUAAGAGCUCAGAGGCUCCUGUGUUUGAUGAUGUCACCAUGGCGUACCUGUUCGCUCAGUGGCGGAGUGAUUUCGUGGAGGGUUCGGUGAGUGUCCCGGUUACCCAUGAUGCUCAGGAGGAAUGUCUCGGCCUGGCUGUACUGGACAUGAUGAGGAUCGCUAAAGAGAAAGGAAGCUCGCCCAUCGACAUUUACCAUGACAACAGCUAUAAGAACUUCCUCCCCAGAGCGGUCCGCGCUCAGAUCCAGCGCUACCACAUCGUGACCAGGAUGAGGAUUCGGUACCGCUUCCGGAAGUUCGUGGAGCACCUCCGCCUCUGCAAGGCGCCCCUCGCCCAGCUCAUGCUGAAGUACAUCGGCAGCUUAGAGGCGCUGCAGCCGGCCUUCUACACCGAGCGCUUCCACGUGUCCGAGCCCACCAUCGGGGCCGUGACCAUAGUCGUCACCGGCAACCGCGGCAUCCAGUGGGCCAAAGGGAGAGAUCCCGGAGACGUACAGGAUCUACAGGUGUACUGUGAUUUUCCGGAUGUGAUCGACAUCAGCAUUAAACAGUCCGGUAAAGACGGAUCAGUGGAGAGUCGCAUCGUUACUAUUAACAGACAGGACAGCCAGACACUGGAGUUGGAGUUUUGCUCCCUGUCGGAGGCGCUGUCCUUCGUUUCUCUGAUCGACGGCUACUACAGGCUAACCACCGACGCUCAUCACUACCUGUGUAAGGAGGUGGUGCCCCCUAGACUCCUGGAGGCCAUUCAGUGUAGCUGCCACGGCCCCGUGUUGAUGGAGUUUGCUGUCAGCCGCCUACGCCGCUGCGAUAACGCCAAGGGCAUGUACAUCCUGCACUGCAGCUCCAAAGACUACGACAAGUACUUCCUGUCCUUCGUGGUUGGGUACGAUGGUGCGUACGAGUACAGGCACUGUCAGAUAGUGCGCAACCCGGCCGGCGAGUUCGUCCUGAGUGGAGCCAAGUGUGUGUUCAGCAGUCUGAGCGAACUGCUGCACCGCUACCAGAAGGAGGCGCUGCGCUCUGAGGAACACAUAUUCCAGUUAACCAAGUGCUGCCCCCCCAGGAACAAAGAUAAGUCGAACCUGCUGAUCUGCAGGAGCGGUGAGGGUUCCGAUGCACCCUUCUCUCCGUCACUCUUCAGACACAACAUCAGUCAGAUGGUCUUCCACAAGAUACACAGAGAGGACCUGCAAAUCACGGAGAGUCUGGGACAGGGAACGUUCACUCAGGUGUUCCGUGGGACGCGGAGGGAGCUGGGGGAUUACGGAGAGGUCCACGAAAUGGACGUGGUGAUGAAGGUGCUGGAUAAGAGUCACCGCAACUACACCGAGUCGUUCUUCGAAGCAGCGAGUAUGAUGAGCCAGCUUUCCCAUAAGCACUUGCUGCUGAACUACGGGAUCUGCGUGUGUACCGAGGAGCACAUCAUGGUGCAGGAGUUCGUGCGCUUCGGAUCGCUGGACACGUACCUGAAGAGGAACCGGAACUCCGUCAACAUCACCUGGAAGCUGGAGGUGGCCAAGCAGCUGGCGUGGGCCAUGCACUACCUGGAGGAUAAGAACCUGACCCAUGGGAACGUUUGUGCUAAGAAUGUUCUGCUAGUGAGAGAGGAGGACCGAAAAACUCUCACCCCACCCUUCAUCAAACUCAGCGACCCGGGCAUCAGCGUCUCCGUACAGUCCAGAGAGAUUCUGAUCGAGCACAUCCCCUGGGUUCCUCCGGAGUGUGUUGAGGACCAGAAGAACCUGAGCAUUGCUACCGAUAAGUGGAGUUUCGGAACAACACUGUGGGAAAUUUACGCCAGCGGAGAGAGACCACUCAGUUCCUACGAUUCCUCCAAGAAGCUGCUGUUCUAUGAAGACAGGCACCAGCUUCCUGCACCCAAAUGGACCGAACUGACCAACCUGAUCAACAGCUGUAUGGAUUAUGAACCGUUACACCGUCCAUCCUUCAGAUCUGUCAUCAGAGACCUGAACAGCCUCUACACCCCCGAUUACGAGCUGUUGGUGGAGCAUGAUGUUCUCCCGGUGAGAACUCGUGGGUUUGCUGUAUCUGGAGCUCUCGACAGUCAGGAACCGACACAGUUUGAGGCUCGACAUCUGAUCUUCCUACAGCAGCUCGGAAAGGGGAAUUUCGGCAGCGUGGAGAAGUGCCGGUACGACCCGUUACAGGACAACACGGGCGAGGUGGUGGCGGUGAAGAAGCUCCAGCACAGCACGGCCGAACAUCUACGAGACUUCGAGCGUGAGAUCGAGAUCCUCAAAUCACUUCAACACGAGAACAUCGUCAAGUACAAAGGAGUGUGUUACACCGCAGGUCGUAAGAACCUGCGCUUGAUCAUGGAGUACCUGCCGUUCGGGAGUCUGAGGGAAUAUCUGGCCAAGAACAAGGAACGAUUCGACCACAAGAAGCUGCUGCACUACGCCUCCCAGAUCUGCAAGGGAAUGGACUACCUGGGUUUGAAGCGCUACGUGCACAGAGAUUUGGCGACGCGGAACAUCCUAGUGGAGAGCGAAUCACGUGUGAAGAUCGGAGAUUUCGGCCUGACCAAGGUUCUGCCCCAGGAUAAAGAAUAUUACACGGUGAAGGAGCCGGGAGAGAGUCCCAUAUUCUGGUACGCACCCGAGUCUCUGAUGGAGAGCAAGUUUUCGGUAGCCUCGGACGUUUGGAGUUUUGGAGUGGUCCUGUAUGAACUUUUCACCCUCAGCGAUAAGAACUCCAGCCCCCCUGCUGUGUUUAUGGAGAAGAUGGGGAUUGAUAAACAGGGGCAGAUGAUCGUUUAUCACCUGAUUGAUCUACUCAAACACAACUACAGACUUCCUGCCCCUCAGAGCUGCCCUCCCGAGGUUCACUCUCUAAUGAAGGAGUGUUGGGCAUCAGAGCCGACUCAGCGCCCCUCGUUCAAAUCUUUGGGGCGCACUGUGGACGCCAUCAGAGAAAGUAAAGAGACCUGAGCGCCCCCUAAAUCACUCACUAGAGGGCAUCGCCGCUGUACCCACUGGAGGGCAUCACCGCUGUACCCACCUACUGAGAGAGUGGCUCAGGAAGGACGUUAGGAUUCAAUCCAGAUUCUCAUUAGGACACGAACCCAGACGUAUCACAUCAACCCAGAAUGGUGUAAAGAACAGUACUGGUCUCCUGAGCAUCUGAAAUGCAUUAAUACACGGCGAGUAACAGGACUAACACAGGCGGCUGGGUCGGACCUCCGUGUGGCUCAGGGGCCCCUGGAUGAGAGGCCCUGGAUUAGACCAUGUGUGUGAAUCUGAAUCAUCAGAACGCAGAGUGUUUAUUAAUGUUUAUAAAGCUGAAUAACGCUCGUCCUGUGUUCAUACUUUUAUUUAUAAAUGUUUAGACGUUUUUUUUUUACUUUUAUCUUUUACAAAUACAAAAGUAUUUGGACACUUGACCAUGAGCUUGUUGGACAUCCAAAGGUGACAGUAUUUGUAUGGCCGGGCACUGAUUGAUCAGUUGGUGUUCCGGUUCAUCCCAGAGCUGUUGAGUGGGGCUGAGCUUAGGAUUCUUCAUGUCUUAGGGCCUUCCCUAAACUGUUGCUGCAAAUCCAGAAGCAUGGGAUCAUUGAUAUAUUACACUUUGUGUUGUGGCUGAAAUACAUUAAUUUGAUCAUUACAAGGUCAAUACUUGUCUGUAUGUAUGUCUGUAUAGUACAAAUAUCUAUUUUUUAUUGCAGAGUUCAAAUAUUCCUCCCUGACAUCCAAGCGUCCAAGAGACCACUGUUCCAUGUACUUUAAUAAUAAAAGAGUUCAUUUGGUUGCUUUUGGGAGCUGAAGUUGCUUAGAAAAGGGCCUCAGAUUACUUUCCUGAACUGUAAAUGUGUACGAUCUUUAAGAAUUUUUAAUAAUGUCUUAUUCUAAUGCGUGUGGUGCACAUUUCAAAUAAAAAGUUUAACAAUC